AAACAACCCAACAUUCUGAGACAGAGAGAGGAAGAGAGAGAGAGGGGAAGGGGAAAGAGAAAGGAAAAAACAGAGAGAAAAAGAGACCUGAAUCUGAUGAAGAUGAUCGAAGGGAGAUUCCUCUAAGAUCAUCCUGAAAAAGGCAGCAAUUCACGUAAAGAAUAAAAGGCUUCAAAGAAAUUAUACCAAACAGUUUCUUUCUUUGAACAUUUUGCUGCUUUUUUCUGAUUCCGGGUCUCAAUUUUUACCCCUUCCCCCAUUGCAUCAUCAUCAUCAUCAUCAUCAUCAUUGCCCAUUGUUGAUUGUUACAGUUUCAACAAAAGGACCAUUUGCAUGCUCCCCCACAUUGCUGGGAAUCAUUUGACAGGAAGAUAUUGAGCUUAGUUAUGUCUUUGUGGAGCAAAAGGUUGUAAUGAAGAGAUUAAAUUAUACAAAAAUGAGGGACCCUAAUGUGAUCUUUGGACCUAAGAGCUACAAAUAUUUUUGCUUUCCACUGUAGCAUCCAAGUUUAGCCUCGGUUGUGCAUUUCUGCAGCUGCUAAAGACAUAUCAUACUGAUACAGCUUAAAGAGAUAUAGAUUGUCUCUAACAAGGUGACACUCACUGCCUUCAAACUACUAUGGAAAGUAAGUGGGAUCCGUUUGGAAUAUGGCUCAGAGUUUAUGUUGGAUUGAUUUCUCUGUCAGGAAUUCGACAGUGUUGGUCUCUGAAUGAUGAAGGAUUGGCUUUGUUGGAAUUUCGGUCAAGGAUAACUUCUGAUCCUUAUGGUGCUCUGGCAAAUUGGAAUCCAAAUGAUUGCAACCCUUGCAAGUGGUUGGGUGUUCUUUGUGUUGAUGGUAAAGUGCAAAUGCUAGACUUAACUGGGCUAUCAUUGGAAGGAACAUUGACUCCUCAUCUUGGGAAACUUAAUCACCUAAAAUAUCUUGUGUUAUGCAAGAACAAUUUUGUGGGCAACAUUCCCAAAGAACUUGGAGACCUGGACAAGCUUGAGCUAUUGGAUUUAAGGGAAAAUAACUUGACUGGAAGUGUCCCUGGAGAAAUCAGAAGGAAAAUAUUGUUGAAACAAUUGUUGGUUCGUAACAAUAAAAUUGAAGGCAGUGUUCCCCAAGAACCCGGAAAUAUCAGAUUGCCCUCCAAAUCUCUAUUUGUUGACAAUUAUUCAUCACCUCUAGCAAGUUUAUUUCUCCGCAAGAAUCGAAAGUUUGCUCACUAUGUGUGGUAUAGUGGUUUCAAGCAAUGGAACAAGAUAGAUUCAUUGGCUAUUCCAAUUAAAGGAGCAGUUAUAAAAUACCUCAACGCCUUGGCACUGCCACUGUUCAAGCGAGGACAGGCUACAUAUGAAGAGAAUUUGUAUGACAAUCUGCCUAGUUCUGAAAAGUCAGAGAUUGUCCCCAACAUAUCAAAUCUAGUCAAUUCUGCACGUCGUAAGUUACUCGACCAGUCCAGUAACCUUGCUGCUGCACCUUAUACCGGUGGGCCUGCAGUACCGAUAAGUGCUGUUCCAGUUACCCUGAGUAGUGGAGCUUUCCCAGCUGUGCCAGAUGCCAGUAAGAAACAAAUUGAGUCACCUGCAUCACUGCCUCCACCUUCUCAUUCUCCACAUGAUACUUUUAAUCAGAGAAGUCAACAAAAUUCAGCUAAUGGUGCACCAGGAGAGUUAUGGAAGUAUAUUAUUAUUAUCUCUGGUGUGUUAUUGUUAAUCAUUGUUAUUGUGGUCAUACUUUGCGUUUGGAGAAAACGAGCAAAAGUAAUAAAGCCUUGGAAGACAGGAAUCAGUGGGCAGCUGCAGAAAGCGUUUGUAACAGGGGUUCCCAAGUUGAACCGAGCUGAGUUGGAGACAGCCUGCGAAGAUUUCAGCAAUAUCAUUAAUAGUUCUGAUGAAUAUACCAUAUACAAAGGAACACUUUCCAGUGGAGUAGAGAUUGCUGUUGAUUCUACUACCGUUACUUCUUCACAGGAUUGGUCAAAGAACAUGGAGAAGGCCUAUCGGAAAAAGAUUGCUACUCUGUCACGUGUUAACCAUAAGAACUUUAUCAAUCUUAUUGGGUACUGUGACGAAGAAGAACCAUUCACGAGGAUGAUGGUGUUUGAGUAUGCUCCAAAUGGAAGCUUAUUUGAGCACCUUCAUGUCAAGGAAGUUGAGCAUCUUGAUUGGACUGCAAGAAUGAGGAUUAUUAUGGGCAUGGCUUAUUGUCUUCAGUACAUGCAUCAUGAUCUGAAUCCACCAGUAUCUCAUUCAAACCUUAAUGCAGUUUCUGUAUUAUUAACUGAUGACUUUGCUGCCAAGAUUUCAGAGAUCAGUUUCAGCACUGAUUUAUUAUCACCAGUCAACACACCUGAGGACGAAUCAAAGAAAUCCGAGCUGCCGCCCCAAUCCGAUCCUGAUACCGAUGUCUAUAACUUCGGAACACUGUUACUUGAAAUCAUUUCUGCAAAACUACCUUACUCUGAAGAACAAGGCCACCUAGUGAAAUGGGCUGCUGAGUACCUGAAUGAUAAGAGAAGCAUCGGCUAUCUAAUUGAUCCAACACUGCAGUCCUUCAAAGACAAUGAACUUGAUGUCAUCUGUGAGGUGAUCCAAGAUUGUCUUCAACCUGACCCAAGGUUAAGACCAACAAUGAAGGACAUAACUUCCAAAUUGAGGGAAGUGCUUUGUAUAUCACCUGAGCAAGCAGUUCCAAGGCUUUCUCCACUCUGGUGGGCUGAACUGGAGAUCCUUUCAGGGGAAGCCACUUAAGUUCUAUGUGACUCUUCUUUUAUGUGUUGUAACUUGUAAGUCAAGCCUCUCUCUAACAUAUGUCAAGGUGGCAGAGUAUUAUAUCUUUCUGAUAAUGCUGUGUGGUAUUUGCUACUCAAAUUCUUUACUUCUUUGAUUCUAUUUGUUCUUUUGUGUGAUUAAUACCAUAGGUAUUCUUGUCCCAGUGGAAGAUUGUUAUCAUUUUGCAAGUUGGGGUGUAUUGUAAAUUGUACUUUUGUUGAUGAUGCUUGGGAUGUAAAAUAUCUUCACAUAUUAUUAUUACUGCUAUACUUGUCCCAUAUAACAUGCAACUUAUAUACAGGUCUAUUCAAUUAUCAAUGAAACUAGACAAUCUAUUGUGUUUU